CAUCAACUCCCUGAAUAUUUGAGAGCUGCAGAAAACUGGGUGGUUGAGAUAAAGCCUUCGAAGUAUAGAAGUUAUUUCGAGAUGUACCUAGUCAUUGAAAGAAGACUAUAAAACCUUUCCUUUAAAUAGUAAAAGGUGUAAUUCAUAACGCUUGCUUAGCUUAAUAUACUUUAAAUAUUUUCCUUAGAGUUUUGCGUAUGUGGCAUAGAAUAGAAAGCUACAAGUUAAAAGCUUUCCUUUUGUCACAACAUUGAUAAUACUAUGCUACCAUCUAUUCUGGAGAUUCAAAUUUCUUAAACAAGUUAACCUUCAGUUGUACAUCACAAAUGACGAAGAAGCAUUCCAGACCUAUAAAUUAAUAUAUUUGAGCUAUUAAAGAAGGAACAAAUACGAACUAAGGAAGAACACAAAAGGAAAAUGUUAAUGUGAACUAAUUUAUUUCUCUACUGAUUGAUCAAAUGGAUCAUAGCAAACAUUAAAGUUUGUCCGUUAGUAUAGAGAUUUUGAUGGUUUAGCAGUUCCCAGUCAUAACGUACAAAAUAUAUACAUGCUGAUAGUAUUCUAGAAAUUCAAAAUAGAGUUAACUUUCCAGGCGAGUUUUCCAAAUACAUAAUCCUGUUCAUUUCUGUCACAAGAAACACAUCGUACCUUACCAUUUAUACAACCGAUUCUUUGAUAGCAAAUGAGAUGCUUGAAAUAAUUAUGCCUUGACUUUAUUCCCAUUACAAGGCAGCAACUGUUAUAGAUUCAUGAAUAAUCGCUAACUUCCGAUAUCGAAGACUAACGAUAGGAAAUGCACUUUAGCUGGUUGCAUAGUAAAACUACGAAUAAUACGUUCAGUAAAGAAGAAAGAGCGAAUUAACCCCCCCCCCCCUUUUCAGCGGAAAUACUUUUUUGAGGAAACAACUGAGUUUGCAUUGGCGAAGAUGUGAUGGUUAUGUGACCCCGAUAAUAUGUUUGCUUUUAGAACUGUUCUAUUUGAAUAUUGUUGUUCUCUUACUUUCCAGCCAGUAGAAUGUAAGUAAUGAUAGGCAUGCAUAAUAGCAGCAUUUGCUUCGUUGUAUUUUGAAUGCAAAGUACAGUAAGUACUCAGAACAUUGAAACAUGGCUGUCUAUCUAAUUGUACAAGAAAGUAAAAAAACAUUGGUUGGAAUUGUGUUCUUUGUACUAGUUUAUCCCUUGGUUUUUGUAGCAUACUCUGAGCUUGAAUGCCCAAAUUCUUGUUUUUGCGAUGAUAACGGGCAUUUUAUAAGCUGUAUUGGAGAUGGGUUAUGGCACAUGCCUCGUAACGUACCUACUUCAGUCAAAAGACUCGAACUUCGAAACUAUAUCAUUCCAACUUUAUCAAGUAAAGAUUUGGAAAAACUGAAUGAUCUGCUGGAGCUUACAAUUUAUCAAUCUGAAAUUCGCUAUAUCGAAAACGGAACUUUUGUCAAUUUAAAGAAGCUCCAGCGCCUAGAAUUAAGUCUAAAUCUCAUAGAAAAACUAAAUGCUUCUAUUUUUGUUGGUCUGAAAGAGCUGCAGUAUUUAGACCUAUCGUCCAACAAGUUAACUAGUACUGAAGAAGCUCUUCAAAACUUAAAACUGGUAGAAAAGUUGAAUCUUAGGACCAACAAACUUACCACAAUCACUUCAAGAAGCUUUAAUGGGCUUCUUGAAGUUCAGUAUCUCAAUUUAGAUUCAAACACUAUAUCUAAUAUUGAAGCAGGAGCUUUUCAACACUUAACAAAUCUUGCCCAUUUGAUCCUUAGUAACAAUCCGUUAACUAGCUUGUCACGAUUGAACUUUUUUGGUUCCAAGCUCCAGUAUAUUGACUUCUCUAACGUGGGUCUCAUGCAUGUACCACCAAGCUUGACAAGGUUCGUACGAGAUCUCAGACUAGCGAAAAAUAAUAUCACACUAAUAGGAGCUGGGGAUUUCGAUAGCUACCCAUACUUGGGUCUUCUUGUUCUUGAUGAUAACAAUAUCACUAAAAUAGAAAAUGAUGCUUUCGGGAGACUGGAAUACCUUAUGCGCUUGUCGCUAAAUGGCAAUAACAUCAAGAAGAUUCCACUUAACUUGCCUUCUAGUCUACGUGCUCUGUACAUUGAGGAAAAUCACAUGAAGAAACUAUUUUCAUACAGUUUUCGUGGACUGAACCUCUUAGAACAGCUCUUUCUCCAGAGGAACGAUAUUAUUGAAUUAGAGAUGUGUGCCUUCUGCGACUUAGUUCAACUGAAAAACCUGGACUUGCAAGCCAACAGGAUCCAGAAUUUGACCAAUGGAGUUUUUGCGAAUUUAACAAACUUAGAGAGUUUAGACCUUUCUCAAAAUAAAUUGAAGAUUUUAGGCUCUCGAUGUUUUGCUGGCUUAACCAAUCUAAAAAUUCUUCAGCUAUCACGUACUUCUACGUCCAUUGAGUUUGAUGAUUCAGUUUUCGACACACUUAAAAGUCUUGAAAUCCUUGAGCUGUAUGACAGUGCUCCAUUUUCAGUCGAAAUUCUCAAUUCCACUCGCGCUUUGCAUGGCCUUCGGAAACUGAAAGAGCUCAACAUCAUGCAUAACAAGCUAGUCUGCUUGCGGUCAGACUUACCAUCGUUUUUCUCAGCCAUAAAAGUAAUUAAAAUGAGUGGAAACAAAUGGCACUGUGAUCGAAGUGUGUUGUGGCUAACCAAGUGGUUACGAACGACAAGUAUUCAGUUUUAUCGUAGUUAUGAUGUCAAAUGCUCUUCGCCAGAUCAACUGGAAUACAAACCUAUUAUGCUCUUAACAGAGAAAGACUUUAUUAUUACUACCACUUCAUCUACCGAUCUGAGAAUAACGACUGAAUACCAAAACAUUAAAACACCAGUUAACACAGUUACAAGAGAUCAAUCUGUGGGAAGACACUAUCCUUAUGAGCAUCUUAUUCCAGUCGGUAUAGGUACAGAUUCAACAAAGAUGAUAACGGAAGAAACUGUCCCUCACCAUGUAGCAUCAACAGUAUUUACUGAUUAUCCUCCAGCAUUUGGAGACGAUAAGCACAAACAAAAAAAUAUAAGUUUUAAUAAGUUGCAAAUAAAUGUAUCAAAACACAAUUUAUCUGCAACCAAAAGUUCAAAUGGAAGUUAUAUGGAGUAUACAUUAAAUAAAAUCGUGCAUUUAAAUGUGACCUCUUCAUACAAAAGUAAAACUCAUCUUGUAAAAGUGUUAAAAACUGAUACAAAUGAAUACAACACUACACAAUCUGCUUAUAAAGGUAUCAUCAUAAAAGAAAAAAGCAGAAAUGUUUGGAUGAUGAAGGGAAAAAAUGAUACUGCUCCAACAACAGCAGGAAAUCAAAAACGUUUUUCAACUCCGAAAGAAUUUUACUUGUCAUCAAUAGCAACAGUUCAUAAUUUAGCACAUCACCAUGAUAAAACUCUCACCAUAUUAUCUUCUAGUUUAACUGGUGGCUGUGUGUUAUUAAUAAUCGUGUUACUUGUCUCCAUUGCAGUGUUCAAAUAUCGCAAAGGAUCAGAUGCUGCAGCCUGUGAUGUGCGUAAAAGCAGCAGUAGCAUUUCUUACUGUCCACAACGGGAUGAGGUGUCAAUUCUGACCCUUUCCGAAGGAGCUGUAGGUCUCAAAACGGACACUCACCAUGGCCUUGGAAACAAACUCUAUUAUUUAAUGGAAAAUGGAAAUAUUAGCAAAGAUCCGACCAAAGACGCAAUACCUGAUCCACAGCUUCAGGAUUUGCUUUCCCAACUAUCUGGGAAAAAUGGAGAAAUUUGUAUUAAUGAACACGUGGUCUUGUGAGAGUUUGGGUUGUUUUUGGAUCGAAGUAUGAUAUAUAUUUUUCGUCGUUAUCCGAGAUCUGCAUAUAGAAAAUAAGGCUUAUAUGACACAGAAAAACUGUUUAACAGUGUUACCAGUUUUUCUUUAAAGUUACUGAUUGAUUUAUCUUACAAAAAAUAAUGCAGGUUAUGAGAUUCUCAUUCAAGGACUUGUAUAGAUAUUUUUAAGUGAUUGGCCAUUUUUCAUAGUUCAUUUCAAUGAAAUGAGCAAAGUCGGUCAUUUUGUUUAACACUAUAACAAUGAGGUAGAAUUCAAACCCUUAGAUUUAAAAGCUCUUACUAACCUAAGGGGCCUUUGUGCAUUUUUUGUCAGGCUUUUUAUCUUAGUAAAACGUCUGUAUUGUCUAGAUGUCAUCAAAACUAAAACUAAGGUAUUUUUAUAUAAAGAGUAUGAAAUAUUAGGCGCUUGAAUAACCAUUUUAUAUUGUGUGGAAAUUAAAUACCCGCUAGACGCUGAAAUAUUUCAAAUAUUACAAUUUUUAACAGCGAGGAUACCAACUGGUGUAUCAAUGCAUUCUAAUCAUUGUAAGUUUUGUUUAAUGACUUCUCAUAUAUCUAGUAUGAAGGCGUUUAAACUAUUUAUAUCAUUUAGAAGGUUAAUUUCUAAUUUUUAUCUGUGUAGGUAGUUUGUUAUGAUCAGAAGUUAAAGAUAAUUCAAACUAAACUUCAGAUAAAGAUUCAAGGCUAUUCCAAUUAUUAGUCAAGAACUGUUAAUUAAAUAGAAACUACGUAUUAUGUAAUUUGUGUGUCUUACGAACAGCAGUAGUCUCAAGUAUAAAACUGAAGAGUGGUAAAUAACUUUAAAUCUAUUUAAUAGUUGUUUUUUUCCCUCUUAUAUGUUUGUGUACCCUCAGUUGACUGCUUUUGUAAAGGUAUUGUCUAGAACGUGUUUGAAAACUCACUCUGCUGUGUAAUUGUAAUGUAUUGUAUAUUGUUAUUUCCUUAGAGCUUGUUACUAUCCAUUCUUUAUAUCAAAUGUUUCAAAGGUUUUUCGAUAAAAAUAAAAAAAAUUCGAAGUUAAACAUCGUAGAGUUUUAAAAACAGCAUGUCUGUAUGUAUCACGUGAAAGGUUUGGUAGUACGAAAAAUUAAUUUUUUUAUAUUAAUUGCACUCACUGUUUCUGAUGUACGUGUGAUGUUUAAACACAUGUUGUUAUUUUCUGAGAACAUCAAUAUAAAACACUAAAAAUGUUCUUGUAUUACUUAAAGGUAAGAUGAUAAUACGUUGCUUGUAUAUAGCAAGAUUAAUAAAGAUACUUUUUUUUUAGUAAUGAGCAAUUUUAACUCUAACUUCCUUCUAAACAUUAGAGAAAAACAAAAUAAAACGAGAAAUGUGAAUCGUGUAGGUUUGGGGAAUUUGAAUUUUAUUUUCACAGCUGAAGAUAGAAAUUCAGAAACAAAACCCAUGUGAAAAAUUACAUGGAUGAAGAAAAAUGGAGAAACGCCCUUCUUUUCACAUUUUUUUAAAGUCCUGACUGCCUACUAUCAUGACACAUGAAGUCUCGCUGUUUUCACAUUACGGACUGAACUUUACCUCCACUUCUCGACAACACGGACUAAACUUUAUCUCCACUUUUU